AUGUCUUCGGUCUGUGGCUACGGGAAAUGGGCUCCGGAGGAGGAGGAGGCCUUUCGGGAUCUGCCUUCAGGCUGGUGGUGUGGUACGGAAAACGCAAAAAAGCCACAUAAACUUCUUCCGAAGGGGCUUCUGCUGUGGGAAGUUCUUGAAAAGAACACGCAGAAGGAACUGAGAGCCAAGCCUUAUCAAAACUACAGUGACAGAGAAGCAAGCUCCAAGCGAGACCAUCCCUCAGGGAGAAGUAUACCUGAAAUACCUCCUAAGCCUGGAGAACUGAAAACAGAACUGUUGGGUCUAAAAGCAAGAACAAGCAAAGUUCAGACUUCACAACAGUGA